GGUGUUGGGUUCGAGUCCUGUGGGGCACUGUCAUACUAACCUAAUUAUAAACAAUACAAUACAUAACAAGUGAUUUUACAAACGUGUCAUGUAAAAAAGGUUUUCGUGUGAUUAGUUAAAGAAAUAUAUACAAAAAACUCACGCCUAUUUCCCAUUGGGGACGUGUGGGUGUAUACAUAUAUAGCAAUAAAUCUACAGUGAUCUGAACUCAUUAUUUUAAACGUGGUACGGAUACCAUAAUAAAUAAAAAUGCUUCAAAAUAAAAAGUGACCAAUUUAUAACGCAAAGGCAACAUAAAAUGCACAACACAACAACAGUGUAAGCGUAACAACAGUGAUCAACAACAGAGUGUAAAAAUGGGGUGCGGAUCAUCAGGACAGGCGAUGUCUGCGCAAGGAGAGGUGGCGAAUGGUCAUGCGAAGAUGACCAACGGGAACAAGUCGACAUCCAACGGUCACCAUGAUGACCAUGACGAUUUGCCCACUGUUGUACUGCCCGAUACCCCUGCAAAGCCGAAACCUCCCAUAGCCUUCGAGAUACCUCUAGAAGAGUUCGAUGCCAGCCGACGCACAUCAACCACGCCACCACCACACCUGCAGCGGUUGCUGCAACCACCGCAACCAGAGAUCAGCCUGCCGGAUAUCGAGGAGAAGUUAGCUGAGGCGGAGCAGAGAAGACAGACGAUCUUACAACAGAGAGCGGCGUCUGCGCAGAAGAGAUCACAAAAGAUGAUGAAAUCCUUCAGUGAAAUGGAUAGGCUAGAUUCCGAACAUGAGCAUGCCAACAUGGAGUCGCUGGAGAGCAACAAACACGUGAACAACAUGCAUAUACCUCCUGAACCGGGAGUCUGCGAGGAUAAGAACAUAUGAUAGAAUUGACUUC